GUCUGGGAUAAUCACCCUUAGUUUGGAGAGGGUUGUAGACCAUGGACGUGUAUUUAAGGGGAUAAAAGUUCGUGGUUAUAGACGUUCUGUCAGUGACAUUCUUUUUCACGAUAUUGUUAAUUUGUAUCUUUCACGUUGUGGGUUCAGUAAUAUUAGGUGCAAGAAACUGAGGUGCUUUAGGUGCCUGGUUAUGGGUAAAGAUGGAUCACGUUUCGUCAACAAAGAAGUUUUUCAACGCAUUAACUUUUUAUACCAGGCAGCACAUUUUGCCCUGGUUCAGACACCAAGCCAGCCUCAGUUGUGCUGCUUUUACAUUAACACUUUACGUACAGUGGCAGAAAAACAUGUUAUUAGACUACAUCCAGAAAUGAAAAGAACUAUAUGCAAGAAAUGUUGCAUCUUACUGCUGCCAGGUAUCACAGCAACAGUGAGAAGUAAAAAAAAGGGAGAGAAGUGUACCUUGGUGUCCUGCCUAGAAUGUGGAAAUGUCAAACGUUUUCCAUGGAGAAAGACCCACCAACUAUGGAUUGAAAAACCUGAUGCUUGGCUGCCCUCUUAGACCAGAAAUAAUUUUAAGAUGUUGGACAUACAUUUAGUGUCUUGAAGGAAGCUAAGUAAAAAUAGACCAUUUUACUUGGUUGGGUCAAGUUUAAUUGAUACCUAAUCUGUUCUUACAGAAGACAGAGCUGGUACUUCAGAGGAAUGAAACUAUGUGCGUUUGCACAAAACUAGGGUGUAAAUAAUGUUUGGUGUGUAUGAUUGAUUUGCAGAUGAUUGUAUGUAAAUUACAUGGUUUUGGCCUUUCCUUUGUAAAUAGCCUUUUUGUCAGUUUGCACACUGUUUGGACCUGUUUGAUUCACCCAGAAGUGCUUAGCUUUUUUCUUGCCCAUAUCCUAAACAUCAUUUAUUCUGGAACAGGUGUUUGUUUAUUCUUAUGUACAUGAACAUGAGAGUAGCAGGUUGCUGUGUCAGUUUUAAGGGCACUUUUGGCAGAUGGGAUAUAAGUAUGCUGAUACUUGUUCCAUUUUUGUACGGUUGACUGUCGGUUUAUUUGUAAUCUUUUGUUCAAUGUCUACACAUGGAAUUUAUUACUCGCAUCUGGUGGGAAAAACAUAACAGCCACAUUCAUAUAGUUUGAUUUUUAAUUGCAUUUGUGGUUCAUCCAUCUCUGCAUGCCACAUAGCGGCUAAAUCGUGCAAUAUUAAUAAAUGGAGUGUUAAGAAUUUGAUAUACUUUAUUGACACUAAUAGCAGUAGGAGAGAGUGCAGUGGCUUCAUAUACACAAAGCUUCAAUUCUUAGAUUGUAUAUUUAUAUAGAAAGCAUACAUCUAUACAAAAGAUAAAAAUGUUGCUGUGUAACAAAACAUGUUUGGAACCAGCCCAAAAAAAGUUUUAAAUACCAUUUUAAUUCUGAUAUUACAAAAAAUUAAAGCCAUUUAUACACAACCAGCAUCCCUGAUUUUAAAUAAAAAAUAUUUUAAAUAUU